CCCAGGCCGGGCAAUUGUUGAGGAUGCCCAGAUACAUACGUUGCAGCGCCAGUGGUUUGUCUCCUCUGGAAAGCGGAUAUCCCGUAGUUCCAUCAGUGACACUUCAAUUGGACAACAAAGUGGUUUUAUGUUCGUUAAAACGGUGGUCACUUUCCUCAGUUUUAUUAACGCGAGAGGUUUCAUGCCUUACGCCCGUUUUACCGGAUGGGUAUUCAUGUAAAGACCUUCGGGCAUAUUUAAGCUGCGAAUCCCACUGGAAUACAUCGCAGCGCUACUUAGGUUUUGUUUUCACAGAGAAAAUACACCGCAAGAGAUGCAGGUCGCAAUGCUUACACAACGCUUCAUGUCGCGGAGUCAAUCCUAUCGCCAGGAACUGCGAUUAUGACCGGCUCAUGCAAACGAGCUGUACGCGGUACCGACCUCUUGUUACUGAAGGGGAUGAUAGGGCUUCAGGCCUAAAGUGCGCUGGCGUUCUUAGUGUGAGUCUGUGGAGAAGGGUAGCACAGCUUUUUUCUCGAAAGGAUGUCGCAACACCCUCCACCACUGUGCAUUUCGUACGAGUCGCCAGUGGCUGUCUACAACGCUGCACCGGCUUAGCAACACGUCAAGAUGAAACAGACGUGGCUUGGCAACAACAAAUAGUGAAGGAGACUUGGCUUGGCAACAUAUCACGGUAGAGGCUUCUGGUAUCUUUAAUCCCCCCGUAAUUAUGUCCCCAAGAGCAAGCACGGAUAUACUUGAAGCUUUCCACUGAUUCCGGACCACAAAGACACCUAGUCACAGGUAACUGCUCACCAGGUGUGCGGAAGUAGGAGCCUUGCCUCAGCAGCUAUGAGGCUUCACAAGUGUAAUGUGCUAGUGGAAAACCUAGAAUGCACUCGUGCCGGCUCAAAAAGAUGAAGGCAGCAUUACAGACUCUGAAAUCGCGAC